AUGCGUAUUGCCGUUCGCAAGCUUCUGUAUGCUUAUAAUAACACCCCGCCGGCCAACUUCCCUGAUGGUGCUGAGCCGAAGCUAGAGGUUACGGGCAGUGAUCGCCGUGAUUUACUCGCCAAGAUUUUCCACCUGAAGGAUGGCCAUGAGGCGAAGAUUGAAGUGGAGCCCCCGCUGUGGUUGGACUAUGGUUGCAAUGUUAAGUUCGAGGGCUCGUUCUACUGCAACUUCAAUGCCACCAUCCUUGACUGUGCGGAGGUGAUCAUCGGUGACGGUGUGCUGUUUGGUCCGAAUGUGCACCUCUAUGGUGGUACCCACUCCGUCAACCCUGCUGAGCGCAAAUCGGUCUUGGAGCGUGCUUUGCCGAUUAAGAUCGGGGAAAACUGUUGGAUGGCCGGCGUCACCAUCGGCAAAAAUGUUACAAUUUAA